UUUCGUAUUAAUCAUCGUCAUUUAGCGUUUUGACUUUUGUGAUCACAACUCGUUUUUUCGGAUGAGUUUCGUCUGCAAAAAUUCGCGAAUUUCAUUCUAGAAGAUCUUAGAUCGCGUGUGUGAGGAUCAGCGGAUCCGUGUUCAGUGCAAAGUGUUGUCCGUGUUUCCCGAAAACAAAAGAUUCAAGCGCGUAACCCGGAAUUUCUCACCUUUGGGUCGCGGAAUAUCAAAAUCCCAAUUUGUUCGACCUCGAGUUUUGGACUCAUCACCAAAUACGUAGAACUGAUCGCGGAAUGUCGUAAUUCGUACCGCGAUCAUCCGUUUGGAUCACUUCCCUUGAUUUGUUUGACUUUGGGUGUCUAGUUCAGCUUGACUGGACCAAAUUUGGUACGUUCGCUACGGACGUGUGUAAUCAUAAUAAUUAUAUUUGCUUGUGCUGAAAGCGAAAUUAUUUGUUUGUACGCAAGGAGAAGAAUCGGAAGAAUAAUCGAAGAUACUACCAUUCCGUAAUUGCAUAAAUAUCGGCUUUGAGUGUAAGAAGUUGAUCGGGAUUAUGCGAAGAGCUAAUGUGUAAAUAGCCGAAAAAAAGCACUGAAAGUGAGGCUAUAACGAUAUUCACCAACAUUAUCUGUUCAUGCAAAUAAUCAGUCCAGCUGAAUAAAGAUUCCAAUAUGGCUAAACAAAACAAUAAAAUUCACCUAUGGAUAUGGAUACUAGCCAUUUUCAGUGGGUUCACACAUCACGCAUCCUCCGAAGAUGCGCCGGCUUCAUCAACUGACUUCGCUCCACAGGUGAAUGCGACCUGCAAGUCCAAUACCAUGAACAUAAAGGUUUAUUUUGAUAAACCGUAUAAUGGCGCAAUUCAUGCACGUGACCAUCGCAACCCGAACUGUAUGGCGUUGGGAAAUGGAUCCACCUCGGUAACUCUGAGCCUCAAUUUGCAAGCGAAACAGAAUCAGCCUGACUACUGCGGCAUUCUCGUCAGUAACGUGAGUCAAGAUCGAACGGAGGAGCGAUCGAUACAAUUGGCAGUUCGAGUGCACAAGACGUUGGAGCUGGCUGACGACAAAUUUUAUGUGAUCACAUGUGGAAAAACAGGCUUUGCAAGAGACGAAAACUCACAUGUUGCUUUGAAGUUCUUUGAAAAAGAUCGUCGAGUCAGGGAGACCGUCUAUGGCCGCGAAUACACUGUUCGUGCAGAACUGACCCAACCUAAUGGCACAAACGGAAUCCGGGUGACAAACUGCUUUGCCUUCGAUAAAAAGAACCUCAACAUUUCAUUGAUUGAUGACAGGGGAUGCCCUAUAAAUUCAGAAAUAAUGACCAGGUUCUAUCCUAAUGAAGAAGGUACAGCUGCUACUGCACUUUUGAAGUCCAUGUUCAAAUUUCCAGAAGGAUCUGAAGUCCACAUGCAAUGUGACAUCGUUCAGUGUAAAGGAAAAUGCUCAAAUGAAGACCCAUGUACCAGUGUCGCAUCCUUCACAAAAGGCGGCAAAAAUGGAAAUGAAGUCACUGACGGUAUGGGAUUAGCAGCAACCACUGUCUACGUAUUGGAUCCCGCAGAUGCUCCAUUGGUUUCCCCUACCUGUGAUGAAGGUGGAGUUCGGCCGGCAUGGUUGCUCUGGCUCACAAUAGCCUUGGGUGUCCUGUUUUUGAUUAUGUUGCUCAUGAAUAUUUUCCUUUGCACCGCGAUGAGCUGCAGUUGUGCUAGGACUGAGAUCAUCGAAAAAGAACCAUCAAUAAUUGAAGAGUAUGAUCCCUACAGAAGUUGGCAUGGAAGUCAAUAUGGUUCCCGAUAUUCACUGCAUGGCCGCGAUGGGCACAACAAAGGAUAUACGAGUGGCGGGUCGACCAUUCACUCAAAUAGGUCGUUACCCAUCGACUCCGAUCAUUACGCCAUUGUACAUUCACGCCCGGGCUCAAGACAUUCCAAUGCUUACGGACAUCGAUCGAGAGGACCGUCUAGCAAUUACUAGAAAAUAUACAUUACUCGAAAACAAAUAAAGACCAAAAUCCGUAAAUGUAGUCAAUCAAUCAAUCAGUCAUAGACGUUAAAAUCGGAAAUAGACCUGAAAAUUGGAUAUCAAUUGGAGAUAGAUUUCGGUCCGAGAUCAAAGUUUCGUCAAAAUUUUCCAAAAAAAAAAAAGAGAGAGAGAGAGAGAGAGAGUAACGAUCAAGUCUCAAGUUGUUGAUCAUAAGACAAAACCUUCGAAAAACAUACGACAAAAAGCGAAAACAUAACGAAAGGACGAUGGAAAGUAGAAUCUUGAAAAACAGUCGAUAUUGGGGCAUUCAGACCUUCUAAGAACAUUACCUCUUCAACCGAUCGCAACUAACAGCUUACAAUUGACUAGGCAAGAAUAGAUAAACCUAAAUCAACCAAUCACACUAAAAAGUACUACUACAUGCCAUGCUUGACAAAAAACCAUUAUAUUUGUAAAUCUCCUAAAUAUUAAAUGUAAUUUAAAAUACAAUUGAUACGGAUCGAAUCCGGGGAAAAUUAUGUUUUAGAUAGAAAGUGGAUAUACGAUUUGAGAUGUGGAAAAUCAUUUCUUAUCAUCAUUUUACUUAAAGUUAUGUUUCAUCUCUACCAUAUUUCAUAAUUAAGUCACUAGAGUCGUAAGUUUAAUAUCUUUAAGAUUAUAUUGUAAAAAAGAAAGACCGGAAUAAUGUUAUUUGUAAAAAGAUAAUAAAAGACUUUAACAAUUCGAAA